AUGCACUACUUGACGCAUGCCGAUGGAUACGAUGCGACAGCGUUAGUCUUUGGGAUCAGCAAGACGAUGGCGAGAACGUACACGUUGCAAGUUUGCCAGGUUCUAUGCCAGUGCUACUUAGCCGAUGCUGUUGCCAUGCCCACAUCUCAAGCUGCGUGGAAGACAAUUCGUGGUGGGUUUGAAGACGUCGCUGGCGUGCCAAACGCCUACGGCGCUAUCGAUGGAACCUUGAUACCAAUCAAACGGUUUACGGACUAUGAUGGGUGGUAUUGUCGCAAGGGUUUCCCUGCCUUCAACAUGCAGGCCGUGGUCGACGACAAGAUGCGGUUUAUGUCGUACUCGAUUCGUUCUGGGAGUCAAAACGACAAAGAUUUGUUCCGCGAGUCACAGUUCGGCAAAUCCUGCCAUCAAAACGUUCCCCGGGGUGGUUGUUUUGUGGCCGACGGCGGGUACAAGUUAUACAGCCAUAUCCUGACGCCGUUUGCACUUCGAUUUGGCAUGAAUGCUGACGAAGCUCACUACAAUCUCCUACACAGCCGAACGCGAAUGGCGGUGGAGUGUGCAUUUGGGCUGUGGAAAAAUACUUUUCGUAUUUUUCAAGUCAAUUUGUUGCAUGGGUCGCCUGCCGAAAUGGUGUUGCUCAUCAAAUCAACGCUGUCUACGAAAGCGAAAGAAAUCUAG